AUCCAAGUUCUCCCACAUGCGAGUGUUUUCGCAUUCACACGCUUUGCGAAUCGGCUCGAUCGAAUCAUUCUGAAGAACCGUUUCAAAGAACCGUUCGUUCGCGAAUCGGACAUCGCUACUUGUGGUUUUCAGCCGGUCAUUAUUAUUGCUCAGGAUGCCUAGCGACAGCAGAAGAUAUGUAGAUGGAAAGCUGCAUGGCUCGGAUUGCGGAGGAUGCUGGAGAACAAGACGACAGAUGCGUCUCGCCUGCUGUGGGAAUAUAAACUAAGAGCAAGUUUAAAGGACUCGCUUUGGAGGAUUUUGCCAAGCGUUUGCGGAUGGAGAUUGUGCAUUAGUGGUCGUUAUGAUCCGGAGGCUGAUCAUCACUCGUUUUCACAUAGACAGUGAUGACAAAUGCAAGAGGGAUGGAAGAAUUGUGAACUUGAAUGAGUGGAACCAAUUGCAAACUACCACCUGUUAGUUAAAUAUCAGCAGCUGUAGGACUCUGGCUGGGCCUGAGGGCCAAAACCCUGUCCUGGAAUAAAGAAAGGAAGAAAAGAAAAACAUCAGCCCUUAACCUGCAUCUGCAAAGACUCCCCUGCCUCCUUCCCCAUGGCUUGACCUCCAUGCUGUGCUGCGCUGAAGAUCUUUCCCUGGAGGGCUGUUUCUCUGACCUUAGCACAUGGAUUUCAAGACUUCAAAUGAAGAGACAAAGACUGGGAUUUAUUUGCUUCAAGAUGGUAGCGAGGAGCCUUUCAAUAUCCGUCUGCACCUGGCCAAAGAUAUUCUCACCAUUCAAGAGCAAGACGUCAUCUGUGUGUCUGGAGAACCGUUCUACUCGAGUGAAAGAACAGUAACGAUCCGUCGGCAGACAAUCGGAGGGUUUGGGUUGAGCAUCAAGGGUGGUGCUGAACACAAGAUCCCUGUUGUUAUAUCUAAAAUAUCAAAAGAACAGAAGGCUGAACUUUCCGGACUUCUGUUUAUUGGAGAUGGAAUUCUCCAGAUAAAUGGCAUUAACGUGAGGAGUUAUCGUCAUGAAGAAGUGGUGCAGGUUCUGCGAAACGCAGGUGAGGAAGUGACUCUGACCGUGUCUUUCCUGAAGAGGACGCCUGCAUUUCUGAAGCUGCCGCUGUGUGAGGACUGCUCAUGUACGUCUGGGAUUGGACACGCUAUAUUCACCGGUAUACCAAGUGACAACAGCAUACAUCUGAACUACCAACCUAACAACACCGACACAUUGUCUUGCUCGUCUUGGCCGAUGUCUCCGGGGUUGCGCUGGGAGAAGAGAUGGGUGGAUCUUCGUCUCAUCCCCCUCUUGCAUGCGCGUCUGUCCCAGUACGUCCCAGGUUCUGACAUUUGCAGGCAAAAUGCCUUUCAAGUCAUUGCUGUGGAUGGGGUGUGCAGCGGGGUAAUUCAGUGCCUCAGUACUGACGAAUGCAUUGAAUGGCUGCAAGCAAUAGCUUCAAACAUUUCUGCCCUCACCAAGCACAACGUGAAGAAGAUCAACAGAAACUUUCCAGUAAACCAGCAGAUUAUAUUUAUGGGAUGGGUGGAUGAGAAGGAACAAGAUUCUGUUCAGGACCGAAUGUACACACCAAAGUUUCUUGCCUUGAGGGGUUCGUCUCUCUUCAAAUUCUCAGCACCUCCAGUCACCACCUGGGACUGGACCAGAGCCGAGAAGAGCUUCACCGUCUACGAGAUCAUGUUCAAGAUCCUGAAGGACAUUGAGCUGGUGGACAAGCGGAAGCACUGCUUCAGCGUUCAGACGGACUCGGGCGAGGACAUCUUCUUCAGCGUGGAGCUGGAAUGUGAGCUGCUUCUGUGGGAGAAAGCCUUCCAGAUGGCCACUUUCUUCGAAGUGGAGCGAAUACAGUGUAAAACAUACGCUUGCAUCGUGGACAGUCAUCUCAUGGGACUCACCAUCGAUUUCAGCAUGGGCUUCGUCUGCUUCGAUGCUGCCACAAAGGCAGUGCUGUGGAGAUAUAAAUUCUCUCAGCUGAAAGGAUCAUCAGAUGACGGCAAGAGCAAAAUCAAGUUCCUGUUCCAGAAUCCAGACACAAAACUUAUUGAAGCAAAGGAGCUGGAGUUCUCCAACCUCUUUGCGGUUCUCCACUGCAUACACGCUUUCUUUGCCGCCAAAGUGGCUUGUCUGGAUCCAAUGUUCGUGAGCAGCAGAAACGCCACCAUGGUGUCGGCCACUUCCACCUUAACUGCCCCGUCACAGAUAUCCAAGCUCAAAUACACAAGCUGACAGACUCCAGCGACCUAUCUUCUCCUUCCAGACUUUGAGAACGUAGAGUGAGAGGAACCAGCCCUGACGAACGAGUGGACAUCCACUUUGAAACAAACAAUUCAAGUAUGUGACAUUGAAAACCUCGCUAUAUCCUCCAGACGGGAAUCAGACUCAAACGUAAACCACUGUGCAAAGAGCUGGAUGAAUUUCGAACAUUUUAGCAUCAAGUUUCCAGCUGAAAAUCUUUGAGCUGUGGUUGCCAGGUCAUUCGAAAAAUGGACUCUUUCCCUUUGAUAUUGCGGUAUAUCUGUUUGCAUUCAAAUGAUAUUAACACUUCUUUGUGUAUACUUUUAGAAUAUUAUUUAAUCUGGUUAUUGAUUGGAAUGGACCUGUUGUGAAAGUGCAUCAUGUUCUUGAGCCUCUCUGGAUCUGCG